AAGACUGAGGUAUAGUUUACAAAAGAAAUCAGUUGCACAUGCCUUCACUUAAGCUCCGAUGAGGGAGCCGUGUUCUCACUAAAGACAACAUGCCUUGGUAAUCUGAUAGCAGGCAUUAAAAUACGGAAUUUUUACAAGGACACACUUUGCCUUCCGAGGCGUAUUUUUGGUAUAAAUGCAUCCGCAGACUCACGAGAACGACUGGCGAAUUAGCCACAAGUUUAUCUUCGAAGACGCUAGCUUUUAAGAGGUAUCUGAAAUGGCAUUUCCAGAGUUCUGAGAACAGAAUUGGCCAUUUUGUGUCGAUUACAUUAAUAUAUUUUCAGUUUAAUAUAUUUUCAAGUACACACUUUUCAAUUUCACAAGGGCACAUUCGUCUUUUACAUGGACACAAAGUGUGUGCAAGGACACGCUAUUUUAAUGCCUGUCUGAUAGUGACAGACGUACUAUGAUCCUCACGGGAAAUUAAAACCGUCAUGAAAAUCGCUUGGAAUUAGAACUAAUAGAAUUUUUAUAUAUUCAACCAAAUGACUAAAAGAGUUUCCAGUGUAAAACAAGAUCAUUGCUUAAGGGAAUAUUAAAAACAUUCAUUUGAAGUCAAUCUUCGGACAAAAGGGACCUUUGCUUGAGGGGUCCAAAUAGUUUACUAUGGAGGAAGGGGGAGGGGGCAAACAUGGGAUCCAAAUUACUCGAUACAUUUGUAACUCUAAAACGUCUUCUUACCAAGAUACAUUCUUUCUAACGAAGCGCGUUCGUAUAUGGUAUAUAGCUACAUUGGCACUGAGAGUUACAAUCAAAAUUAUUAUAUCGUGAGAAUUACAUGGCUGGAGAUUCUAAAUUUCUUCAAUGCAGGUAUGGUCGUCGCUCAGGGAACAGUGGAAGAAGUAAAGAAAGAUAUACCAGAACUAGAGAUCACUGAGAACAUCGAGAGCACAGCAGAAGAGAGAGAGGAGGAGAGUGAACAUGCAGAAGCAGAUGAUGAUCCUGAUGAUCCUGCAGAUGCUGAACAGUUACGUGAAGCUGAAGAAGAGCGUAAAGUAGGAAGCGUUUCUUUCAAUGUUGAUGCAAAGUAUUUCAUGUUUGGUGCCCCAGCGUUGAUGCUUUUACUCAUUUUAUUGAUCAUUGUUGCUGGACAAGGUAAGAUAAACUCCACUAAUGAAUAUACAGUAGAUAAAGAAACGUCGAAUAAUAUUUUCGUUUCAUUGCAAUGUAUGCUGAAUACAAUUCAAUUGGUCAUUUCCGAAUUACGGUUGAAUCCUCACAGGCAAUGACCUCAGGACGAGGUUUCGUGCUAAGUUAUAAUAUUUCUAUAGUAAACAAGACGCUCUGCGGAUCGUUAACUCGCUGGGGCUAUACAAAUACGCACAUUACUGUACAUGAUACAUACAGUACACACUACACAGCUAUUUCAAUUAAGAUUUAAGGUUUUCCCCGGGCUAAGCGGAAAGUUAAGCCGAAACUAAAAUGCGGUAUGCUCUACAAGUAAAGUUAUAUUUAGUACGCUACAUUCUUGGAAGAAUUUCGCUAACCUCAGAUCUAAUGACAUUUCGUCAAAAUUUUUUUUCUACAAGAUUUUGUUUAGAAGCAAACUUGGAGUAAGGUUAGGUUAUAGGGUUUACUUACAACGUGCGGAGUGGCUGGCAUCCAUGCACAUAGUAGGCAUGUAGGCGCGUAGGCCCGCAAAGCAGGCACGUAUCGUAUAAGGUCCUGUAGGAACAUAGGCGUAUGGACCUUCUUUAAAAUGGGUUCCUGUUGGCGGGUGAUUCUAUAGUUAUUCCUGUGAUAUUAUCAUACAUAAAGUAUGGACAGAUGUGUAACUUCAGUAAAAAAGUUGUCCCAUGGUUGCCAUGGGGGCCCUGCCAUCUUCCUAACAAGUGUCGCUCGCGUGAUUAUUCGUGGUAAUACGUCAUUUGGUAAUACGUCAUUUGGUAAUAUGUCAGUUUUAGGGACCGGUCAUAAAGUAUGUGUACUGGGGGGUGGGGGUGGGGGGUGGGGUGUAGGGUAUGAAACAAAUUAUCUAACUUUUGGGGGUAUGAGACGAAUUACGACAUUUGUGAGAGGGUAUACGAAACAAAAAAUGAGUGGAAUACUAUGUCUAUGAUUAAUAAAACUACAGACUUUUACAAUACAAUAUAUUUUUUAAAAAAUCGAGUGUAUGUUCCUAAAUGUUCCUAGCCGUAAAUUGCAAUGUAGCACAUGCAAUAUUUCAAUACAGACAAUUGAUUGCAAUAAUUUGCAAAACAGUUAUGUUCUUAGAAUUUUAUGUUUCUGGGGAGAGGGUGAUUGGUUGGGUGCGGGGAGGGGUGUGUAAUGUAUGCUGAUGCUGCAAAGCAUCUUGGGAGUAAAUAUAUAUUGUCUUGAUUACACAACAUGGCGUGUGUCCCAUAAACAUAACAUGGUGUCAGGAGAAAUCCACUAAAUAGAGCUUGAAAAGAUAGCCAUCCGAUUAAAAAAACCCAUAGAAAUACAAGGAAUAAAGGUCCGACAACAAGUGUAAACGGAAAUGGAAGGGAUUCCAGCCUCAAAUAUGCCAAAAAUGAACUGGUCGAGCGGUGACUUGCCAGCAGCAUGGAAAUCGUUUCAACAACAUUGUGAAUUUGGUGGGCCACUAAAAGGCAAAUCCGAAGAACAAAGAUGCAAUUAUCUGAUGAUAUGGGUUGAAGAGAAAGGCCGAGAUGUAUAUAAUACUGGAAUUUAACAGGCGAAGAAUCGAAAAAGCUCACAACUUACUACGAAAGAUUCGAAGCGUAUGUAAAGCCCAAAUCAAAUAAUAUAUUUGCUCGUUACAAGAUUCAUAAUAUAGUACAGCAAGAAAAGGAGCCAUUCGAACAGUUCUUGACUAAACUCAAGAUCGAAGUUAAAGAUUAUGGAUACAAAGACCCAGACGAAAUGGUUCGAGAUCGAGUAGUAAUCGGUUGUUAUUCGCAAAAAGUACGAAAGAAAUUAAUACAAGAAGAUCCUAACCUUAGAAAAAGCAGUUGAUAUCGCUCGAACACAAGAAAUGUCAAAACCCAGCUGGCAGCUUCAAAGUAUGGCACCUGAAGAUAACAAUGUACACAGCCUCAGAGACGAACGAGAGAGAAUUUAAAAUUUCAAUAUAAAGAUGACAAACGACGAAAAGGUCCAAACAGCAGAGACGGUUAUACUUAUAAACAACACUGCAGCAAGUGUGGUAUAAAACAUGACCAAAAUAAAUGUCCAGCAGAAGGAAAGACAUGUGCAAAAUGCAAAAAGCUUAACCAUUUUGCAAGAAUGUGCAAAUCGAAGUUCAAAAUAAAGGAAAGAAAAAGGCAAGUGCAUGGAGUUGAAGAAGAGGAGUCUGAAGAGAGUGACAGUGAACUAUAUGUUGGUUCUGUGGGAACUACAGAUGCUAUAAACAAGAAUGAAUGGUAUGAAGAUGUAAAAAUUGCGAAAAAACUUUAAAUGUUCAGCUCGAUACAGGUGCAAGGUGUAAUGUAAUUUCCAUUAAAGAUCUCCAACGUCUUGGAAUCAACACAAAUAUAAAGAAACCAGAAGCACAGCUCAAGUCAUACUCUGGUCAUGUCAUGUCAUCACCACGAAAGAAGUAACUACUUUACCAUGUGAGUACAAAAGAAAAACAUACCAAGUAAAGUUCCAUGUUGUUGAUAUUCCAGCAUCACCAGUAUUAAGUGCCAACACAUGCAAAGACAUGGGUCUAGUAGAAAGAGUACAUGCAGUGGAGACCUCGAAGUCACAAGAUCAUCACAAUGCAGAUCCCUUCUCGCCACCAAAAUUCAACCCAAUACAACAACAUGAACUGUUGAAAGGAUACGAUGAGUUGUUUACUGGUCUUGGAUGUUUGCCUGGUGAACAUACCGUUGAAAUUGAUCGUUCGUAUACCCCUGUUGUCCACCCACCAAGGAGAGUCCCGUUAGCCCUGAAAGAGCAAAUCAAAGAAGAAUUACAGAGGAUGGAAGAUACUGGUGUUAUCGUGAAGCAAACAGAACCCACAGAUUGGGUCAACAGCAUGGUUACAGUAAUAAAACCCGAGAAAAUCCGAGUGUGUAUUGAUCCAAGAGAUCUUAAUCGAGCAAUCAAAAGAGAACAUUAUCCAAUGAAAACGACUGAAGAAGUUGUAGCUGGAAUGCCAGAAGCAAAAGUGUUCUCCGUGUUAGACGCCACCUCAGGAUAUUGGCAAAUGAAAUUGAAUAAAGAGAGUUCCAAACUAUAUGCACUUUCAACACACCGUUUGGGAGAUACCGCUUCACACGACUACCAUUCGGAAUUAAAUCGGCCCCAGAGGUUUUCCAAAAGAAAAUGUCACAGGUGUUGGAAGACAUUGAUGGUGCUGAAGCAAUAGUAGAUGGCAUCCUAGUGUGGGGAAAAGAUAUCCAGGAACAUGAUGCAAGGUUAAAGAAAGUCCUCGACCGAGUCCAAGGAGUCAACCUAAAGCUAAACCAGAAGAAGUGCCAAAUCAGAAAAGAAGAAAUUGCGUAUGUUGGUCAUCUUUUAACCAAGGACGGUCUCAAGCCAGAUCCCGAGAAAAUAAGAGCUGUACAAGCCAUGACCAAACCAUCCAACACGAAAGAGUUAAAAACAUUUCUUGGGUUUAUCCAAUAUCUCGCAAAGUUUUUACCCAAUAUGGCCGAAGUCAGUGCACCUCUUCGAAAGUUGUUGGAAAAGAACACAGCAUGGCAUUGGGAAAAGCAACAAGAAGAUAGCUUUCAACAACUUAAGAGAAUGGCAACCAGUGCCCCAGUGCUAAGUUAUUAUGAUCCCAAGAAACCUUUUACCUUAUCUGUAGAUGCGAGUUCGAAAGGACUUGGAGCACUGGUGUAUCAAGAAGAAAAACCAGUUGCAUAUGCCUCCAGAGCGUUAACACCAACACGGCAAAAAUAUGCACAAAUCGAGAAAGAGACUUUGGCUAUUGUAUUUGGUACAACCAAGUUUCAACAGUUCCUGUUUGGAAAAGAAGUACUUGUCACAUCAGACCACAAACCACUGGAAUAUAUAUUCAUUAAGCCUCUGCACCAAGCACCACUUCGUCUACAGAAGAUGCUGUUAGCCCUGCAAAGAUAUGAGCUAAGAAUUGUCUACAAGCCUGGCAAAGAGUUGUUCGUUGCUGAUGCCCUAAGCAGAAAUGAUCUAGAAGAGACGAAAGAAACACUGGUACAAGAACUCGAAGUAAAUGAAGUCCACCUUACAGCCCACUUACCAAUAUCACCUGAAAAGUACCAAGAAUUCCAGAAAGCCACUGCUGAUGAUGUUGUGAUGCAAGCAGUACAAGAUGCAGUUCUCGAGGGAUGGCCAAAGAACAAAGCUAAUGCACAAGCAGAGAUCAAGCCGUAUUGGACAUGUAAAGAUGAAAUUUCCUGUGUUGAUGGCCUCCUCUUCAAGGGAAACAAAUUAAUUGUUCCGAAGUCCCUUCGACCACAGAUGCUAGACAUCAUACAUGAAUCACAUCAAGGGAUCGUGAAAUGCAAACAACGUGCAAGAGACCUCCUCUACUGGCCGGGAAUGACAAGCCAAAUCGAGGAUAAAGUAUCCAAGUGCCAAGUUUGUUGUCAAUACCAGAAAGCCCAAGCAAGAGAGCCCAUGAUAACUAGCAAGAUCCCUGACCGCCCCUGGGCGAAAAUUGGUGUGGAUCUAUUUGAACAUAACAAGACACAUUACCUAUUAAGUGUUGACUACCACUCCAAGUGGAUUGAAAUUGCCAAACUGGAUAACCAAAGCAGCAAGAACACCAUCACUUACCUCCAAAGUCAGUUUUCCAGAUAUGGUAUACCAGAUCAGUUAGUGAGUGACAAUGGUCCCCAAUUCAUAAGCGCAGAAUUCGCAGAGUUUUCUAAGAAAUAUGGGUUCACUUACAUCACAUCAAGUCCUCAUUACCCGCAAGCAAACGGCGAGGCAGAGAGAGCCGUGCAGACUGUGAAGGGUCUUCUCACCAAAGCCAAAGAUCCAUACAAAGCAUUGAUGAACUAUCGAAACACCCCACUGGAAGAAAUAAACCAGUCUCCAGCACAACUAAUGAUGGGUCGCAGACUAAAAACCAGUCUCCCAACAGCAGCGCCACUUCUGAAAUCUCGAGCAUCCGAUGAAGUUCAGCGAAUUCUGAAGAAACAGAAGGAGAAACAAAAGCAAUACUAUGACAAGCGCACAGGAAAAGAAUUACCACCACUUCAUGUCUCUCCAGGUAGAAUUCUACCUGGAGAGACAGUACAAAUGAAACAUGGAGAGAAAUGGAUUAAGGCCAAAGUUCUACAGAAGCACCAGUCACCAAGAUCAUAUGUCAUUGAAAGUGAACAAAGACAAAAGUAUCGAAGAAACCGCCGUCACCUGCGUUCCAGUAAACUAUCAGAGAAAGAAUAGAGGAGUGAUGUGAAACAUGCAAACAACAAAGAGCCAAGUGUGAGCAGUGACAAAGCAAGAGCCACAGCCAAGAAUGCAGUUGGACAGUCCAGCCAUGGUAUCAUCGACACGCAACACAAUCCUGUGAUAACAAGAUCUGGACGUGCAAGUAAACCACCCAAGUACUUGAUAAACAAUUAAAAAAAACAACAACAUAAAAACACGGUAACUAUACCUUUAAAGUAUCAUAAUUAGUGACAGUUGUUGCGAACAGUUAAUAAGUUGCGAACAGUUAAUACAGUAAGUUGCGAACAGUUAAAAAAAAAACACAAAAAAAACUGAAUAGCUAUAAGUGUAGUUGAUAUUUAGGUCGUUGAUUUAUAUUAGCAAGUUUAUCAUAAGAAAGGGAGAUGUAAUGUAUGCUGAUGCUGCAAAGCAUCUUGGGAGUAAAUAUAUAUUGUCUUGAUUACACAACAUGGCGUGUGUCCCAUAAACAUAACAGGGGGGGGGUACGGAACAUUUCAUCUCCUUUGAGGGGGGGGGUGUAUUAAAUAUUUUCCGACGCUUUUUUUUUGGGGGGGGUGCCAAAUUUUAUGGUAGAAUUUUGGAAUACCCCCCCCCCCCCCCCCCAGUACACAUACGUACUUUAUGACCGGCCCUUAGUCAUUUUUGUUUUGUUGUGGUAUAUCAACGCUUCGCAUUUUGUUGACUAUCCUUGCACUAUUCACCUCGACAUCAGUGAAUAAUUGCUAAAUAUGUUUCCUUUUCGUAGGUCUCACGGUAUGGGUUGAUAUCCCAGUUUCAUCAUUACCGAAUAUUGUGAACGAAGAAGACAAGUUUCACCGCGCGUUAAGUAAUAUAUGAACAACGAGAGAGAGUGUUUCACCGGGAUAUCCAAACACGAGAAAACAAUGUAUGAGAACACGAGCGCGAAGCGCGAGUGUUUUAAUACAUUGUUUUCGAGUGUUUGGAUAUCCCGGUGAGACACGAGCUCGAGUUGUUUAUAUGGCUUCUCAAAUGAAUCGAGACGUAACAGAAUGUUUUCGUUUGCUGAUUUGAAUAGAAUUCUUAACCAAGCAUAACGUGAUUAGGAAUUCUAUUCAAGUAAUUUUGCAUGCGUAAUUAAGAUAUUUGAUGAAAACACUAGUGACUUUCAUCAAGUAUCCAAAUGGCAUCUUGUGAUCAAAUAGGUGAUUAUCAUUUGGCUGAAUUACUCAUGAAUUAUUAAUGAAUUUGAGAAUUAUUUAUCCAGUAUCUUUGUUGGCCACAAUAUUGAUAGUCAUUCUGUCAAGGUUAUGCAUAUUUCUUGUACCGAUUCGAGCUAACUACAGAGUCCACAAUAAAAUGGUUACUUGUCUACUUCAAGCCCCUAGUCAUUUCUACGCUGUGAAUUCUGCAGGUCGAAUACUGAACAGGUUUUCACAAGAUAUUAAUAACUUGGACGAUCUUCUGCCAUUUAACUUGGUGUACUUCUUUCAAUGUGUGGCGCCCGGAUUGGGAGCAAUUGUUUUAUGUUUUCUCUCAAGUGUUUAUCUCAUACCAGUUUGUUUCGUUGUACUUGGUCUCUGUUUCGGUAUCUCAAAGUUUUUCUUCAGUAGCGCAAUGGACAUCAAACGUUUAAUGUCUGAGUCUGGUAGUCCUUUAUAUUCACAUUUUUCCAACACUAUGGAAGGAGUUAGAACAAUCCGCGUGCAUAAACGACAGCAGAGUUUCAUAGAGUCUGCGUACAGGUAUUAGAAAUUUAAUUUCACGAUAAUCCUUGUUAACACAUAUGAUUAUUCUAACAAUUUUUACUUAUUAAUUAAUCUCUACAAGAUUGAUCCAAAUUCAUCCACCAUUUAUAUAAAUCAUUUUGCAUAAUUUCUGGAGCUUACAAAUGUACACGAAUGUUUAUUUAUUCAUAAUUUCACAUAAUUUUAUACACAAAUUCACACCAAAAACUAUGCAAAAUUCGUGUUUACGUUUUGCGGAAAAUCGUUACUGCAGAAUUAUUCAAGAAAAUCUUAAGUCGCGGUACCUUUACGCUUUUGAGUUAUGUUCCUGCUGGUUUUAAGAUAUAUUUAUGAAAAUAUCAUUUUUAUACAGUAAAAUAGUUGUUCUAAAAAAUUGUGUUCGGAAAUUUUUGUUUAUUUCGUCAUUCCGUUGAUAUGGCGAUUUCUUUGACGACUGCAACAUAUUUCUGAAUCGUUUGUGUGAAUUGCUCCUUAUUAUUAAAAUAUCCAAAAUUAGAACAAAGCCGAACACAAUUUUGAAACUGACGUCUUUAGCUAUGUCCUGUGAAAAUUUGAGAAAAAUUCGUUAAAACCGGCAGGAGCGCAACUCGUUUAAAAAUCAGUAAUUGCCGUAAAAUUCUUCGGGAGAAAAUUGAAUUUUAAUAUUACAUUUUCAAUGUUUUUCUUAUUGCAGCGAAAUGUAUUUUAUUAAAUAACUCUGCGAGUUUUCAACAUUUUUCGUCCAAACGUGGUCAGAUAGUAGAACUAGUCUAAUGAUUUCAUGAAAACCAAUAAAAAAAAUUUAGGCAAAAUUAACCCUCAAAGGUGUUCUGUAACCUUAAAAUGAGAGCCCUGGUUGAAAAGCCUGGCGAAACAAAAAAUAUUCAUGCCAGAUUUUGUAGUGACCUAAUUGCCAAUUUGUUUUCAAGGCACAUUGAUCAUCAACAUGAAGCCAUGUUCGCUUAUUAUACAGCAGCUCGUUGGUUUGGAAUAACGCUGGAUCUGCUUCUUUGUAUGUUCUGCGUUAUUGUUGGUUUUGGUGGAAUUGUAUACAGUGAAAGAUUCCUCAUCAGCAGGUAAUUAUGAAUGAAUAGCAGUCUUUAUUUAUUUUGUAUGGCAGACGGAAAUUUAUUAUUCCUUAAACUAGGCGAUAUAUAGCUGAUAAUUUGAUGUGUUGGGACGACUAAGUAACAUUAUCUUCUGACAUAUUGUCAUAAAGUUUGGAUUGAAGACUAAGUUUAUAUAUACGAUUAUCAUGCAUUACUACUAUAACUCUACAAUUCCAAAAAUCGCUAUCAUCACACCAUGGGCGCUCUAACUUGUGUCUAACUGUAAACGUUUAUCGUAACUCGAAAUAUAAAUUGCUGUAGUGAAACAGAAAUAAAUGUCCUGCAUGUUUCUAAGUAUACUGCACGCAUCCUAACCCGGCACCUUUCUGAUGUAGUUGUUGUGGUAGUAAUAGUCGUUUAAGCAUCGUUGAUUGUGAAUAGUUGUCACACCUGAUACGAAUGAUAAUGCUUUUGCAUUAUAUAGUAGUAAAACGGUAGUUAGUGCAUGGUUGUGAUGGUGGCGAUGGUUAGAUGAUUAUAUAUAGAAACCAUGCAUGGUUGUAAUGAUUGUUGUGUUGAAAGUUACGCUGAUGUGUUCGUGGUGGUAAUAUAUGUUGCAUGGUCACUCAAGAUAAAUAAACAUUAUAGUGUCAGAAAUAUAAUGUGGUUCGAUUUUUGCUAAUUUUAGUUGUUGGCGCAGUGACCAUUUUGUACGCGUUUCGCUCUUCUGGAUACACCACAGGCAUGGUACGUAGUGCUGUGGAGGUUCAUGCUCAGAUGACAUCUGCUGAAAGAAUUUUGGCUUACACUGAGAUCGUACCAGAGAAGGGACGGGCGAUCAAGGAACAGCCUCCUAAAGAUUGGCCAGAAAGUGGAAUUAUACAAUUUAACAAUGUUUCACUUCGACAUUAUAAAGAUGGACCUAUAGUUUUGAAGGACCUGUCAUUUGAAAUUAAUCCUGCUGAGAAGAUUGGCAUUGUUGGAAGGACAGGUGCUGGUAAAUCUUCUUUGGUCGCUGCACUGAUGAGAAUUGGCGAAACUGAAGGAAAUAUUAUUAUAAAUAGUUUAAGUAUUGAAGAUUUAAAUAUCCUAUCUACUCGUCAACGGAUUUCUGUUAUUUCUCAGUCCCCUGUACUAUUUAAUGGUACUAUCAGAGAGAACAUGAAUCCGACAGGUGAACUUGAUGAUUCUGAAAUAUGGAAUGUUUUGGAUCAGAUGCAAUUGGGCAUUCUUGUUGGAAGUUUACCAAAAAAACUCGAUAACGAAUGCACUGGUGGUGGUUCGAAUUUUAGCGUUGGUCAGCGACAGUUAUUUCAUCUUGGAAGAGUUUUGUUGAAACGAAACAAAAUUAUAAUCUUUGAUGAAGCUACUGGGAAGGUAGACCAGAAAACUGCUGGACAAAUCCAGAAUGUUAUUCACGGCGUGUUUAAAGAUUGUACAGUAAUAACAAUCUCACAUCGUAUGGCUACGAUUCAGGAAUGUGACAGAAUUAUGGUGUUGGAUCAAGGUUCAAUUGUUGAGUUUGACAAACCAAAUGUUCUACUCAACAAGGAGAAAGGCUUGUUCCUGGAACUCACAAAAAUUGCCAAUGAAACAUAACUUAGUAAAUCCUUCCGUGUUUGGAAUCAGCAUAUAUAAUUAUAUAAUUCUUUUCGUCCAGGAAACAACACGUAACUGUAAUCGUAUUUGGCAAAAAUAAACAAAAAGCAUUAAAAAAAUAAAUCGAUCAUCAGCUAUAUACCGGGUGGGGGAGAAAAAGUAUGACUGUUUGAUUUACUAUAACGUGAGCUAUGACACUCAAAUAAGUCACCGUAUAUUCCACGAUGUUUAACUUACAUUUUGACAUAUAUCUUGUACCUUUUCGUGCAAUAUUGACUGAGAUAACUGUGUUUAAACUUAAACAAACAAUUUUGGAACAGCCGAUAAUUAGUUGAAAGGGCCCUAUUAAAAUCAAUUGAACAAUUUUACCAUUUUCUUGCGAUUAUUGUUUCAAUUAGUGGGUUGGUUUGACCAGACCAGUUGUUUUGGGUCCAAACUUUGUUGAAAUAAAUCUCGACACGAGAGAGUAGUUCCAAUUGAUUGGGACAAGUCUAUGUACGAUCAUGGGCGUACCGGAAGGAAAAAAUUAGGGGGGCGGAAAGAAAAUUGCCCGACUUUUCGUGAUUGUGCCCGACUGGUACAGAAAAAUUUUUUCCGGAAAAAUUAUUUUGGCGACCACCCCCCCGUCGCCAAAAAAUUUUCGGUCAGUGUACCAUUUUAAGGGUCAAAAAAAUUUUCCGGACAUACCAAAUUUUUUCGUAACAUCACACAAAUUUUCCAAAAACAACUACAUUGGCCACAAAAUUGACUAAAUUUUCGACAAAAUUGACAGAAUUUCUUCAAUUUAUUUUUAUAACAAACCAAAAUUGCCCGACUCUAACUCGAAUAUUGCCCGACUGCCCAAAAAACUGGGGGGGGGCUACUGCCCCUUCCCCCCGCCCGGUACGCCUAUGUGUACGAUUCACAAUUUGAGAGAGCUUCGUGAAGCGAUUGUUACAGCAUGCCGCAACUUGAAACAGCAAAUGAUCCAAAAUUCUUUCGAUUGUAUGAUUUCACGGGCAAUACGUUGCAUUCGUGCUGGGGGACAUGCAUUUACUGAUAAAUAUAUAGACGAUUGUUUUUAACAACAAGCGCGAACGUACUGACAAUAAAGUAUAAUGCGUCUCAACACAAGUUAUUGCAUGUUGCAUGUAUGUAUUAAGCCAUUUUCAGCUAAUUUCUUCAGUUCCAAAAAUGUUUACACCUGUUUAUAUGCAUGUAUCUUUGUCAAUAUGGCAUGGAAAUGUGCAUGGCAUACAUCAAAAUUUAAGUUGGAUAUCGCUGAAUGCCAAUAAACUUGUUUUAGUGUCAUUGCUCUUUUAGUUUUGAUUUUUCAGCAAUUCAAACAAUCGUACUUUUUUUUGCCCCGCCCGGUAUAUUAUUCCAAUCCAAUGUAAUUUUCCUUUAUACUAUUUUGUUGUGUGUAUAACCCCCGCCUCUAGAUUAGCCUUGCUAAUGCGG